CUAGUGGAUGCUCUAUUGGAUCAAAACUCUUAUCAGUAAAAAAAAGUUUUUAUCUUUUUGUAUAAAAUGGUUGUUUCUUGCUUGAUAGAAGUAAUUCACUGUGUGGAUUACAAGCCAACAAGAGCCCAAAAACCCGGAAUUGUGUUGUCUAAAUAGAAAAGAAACGAAACAAAUACAGAAAAUCCAGAGGAACCCAGAAACAGAAACUGGUGGCCAAGUAGCUUCUUUACUGUCUCUAAGCUAUCUUUUAAUGCUAAAAAUAAACAUUACAUUGCAAACACGAAGUCCAAGGUUAUUAUAGGCCUUAGUAAAACACUGGUGGCUGGCUGCUGCAGAAUCAUCGUGGCACACAAAAGAAAGCAAUACAUGCAGUAACAGUUGGCUGGCUGAACCCCAACACUAUCUUCUUCUUGAAUCCUGGGCCUAUUUAGCCGCUCGGGUUUGUCGCUCGUGCGCUUGCAAGAUAAAAAUUCUCCACCCUCUACUCACCCUCACGGCCUCACCCUCCUCCAAAGUCCAGAUCUCGAGGACACUUUUCACGAUUGGUGAUUUGACAUUUGUUAUUUUCAUUUAUUGGUUAAAUUUAUGUAUGCAACUUUCCUUUCUCCGCCAUUUUCUCUUGUAAGUUAGCAAAUUGGGUUCGAUGCAUAGCACUUGAGGAAAUUUUGGGUUUGAUAGAUGGGCUUUGUUUUAUAUGUGCUUGAAGUUGUGUAAAAGCUUAGUCUUGAGUUGUUACACAACCCACAUUCAAGGGAGAGUCGGUGACACAUAGUCUUGGAUUGUCUUUGCUUUGCAUGGAAACCAAGGUUAGUAGAAGCUUUGGUCUCUGUUUCCUUCAUUUGAUUAUUGUUGUCAAUUCCGGAUUUUAGGAGUGUUUUCUUGAUAUAUUUUGAGUUGGGAUCUCUAUUAUUUUGGUGGUUAAGAACAUACUUGUCAAUUCGUCAUUGGCUGUGGUGGAGUUUAGAGUUGGUUCCUAGUACUUGCCCUUGCUUUUGAAUUGUAUAUUCAGUUGACCCUGUAGUUGCUAAUAAUAUUAUUUUAUACAUCAUAAAGAGCAAAACUCGGUCCGUGAUCUGUGGCCUUGGUGGGUUUAUAUAGGGAGGUUAUUAGCAUUUGGUUUGGCCAACUAGAGGGAGUGUUUAGGACAAUGGUUUUUUAUGUGGAAUAUUGGUGUUAAGUUGCUCAAGACAUGCUGAAUUCUGAUGAGGGAGAGGAUGAUUUGUUCUUUGAUUCUACGGAUUGUUUGUCACUUGAAGAGUCCAUUGUAGCAAAAGGGGGCUUGGGGCGUGAUAAUUCAGAGUAUGAAAUCUGGUUGAAUGAGCCAAAAAGUGUUGAGGAGAGACGCCAAAGUUUUCUGCGUGGAAUGGGUCUGGCUCAGUUGGCCUCUAACAGUAAUGAAAUUGUUGGCUUCGAUAGGGUUGCCAAUUGCAGUGGGGCUGUAUCAAGUUCUUCAGCUUUGUGUACAUAUGGAGAAGAGACAAAUUUGAUUUGUUGUGGUAGGGAAAGAAAUUCUGAAGCCAAUUCUAUGAUUGAUGAAAUGGAGCAAGAACAGUUUGAUAAAACAACUGUAGCUUGUGAAAAUGAGAAUUCUGGAUCUCCAUCUUCCAUGUUAGAAUGUGAACAUGGUGAUGAAGAAGAAUGUAAAAAUUUUGACGAGGGAAAGCAGAAAAUGAAGAGCUGGUGGAAAUUUUUUGUACAUAAGAGGAAGCUAAUAGAAGGUAAAUGCGUAUCUAAGGUAUCAAAGCUGAAUCCUGAGGCAACCAAAACAAACAAAAUGAAGGUGAAGCAGAACAAGAAGAGUUGCAUGGAAUUUACAGGUGUUUAUAAGGGACAAGAGCUUCAAGCUCACAAAGGCAUUAUUUGGACUAUGAAGUUUAGUCCAGAUGGCCAGUAUUUGGCAACCGGUGGAGAAGAUCAGAUCUUGCGCAUUUGGCGGGUUACAUCUGUGGAUGCUUCUUACAAGUCGUUUGCAUCUGAAAGCAAUUUGAAAGAAAGCAAACUCGGUUUGAAUAGGAAAAAGAUGAGCCAUGCAUCAGUCAUCAUUCCUAAGAAGAUUUUUCAGAUUGAAGAUUCACCGGUGCAUGAAUAUCAUGGCCACACCAGUGAUGUUUUAGACUUGGCAUGGUCCAAUUCCAAUUUUCUUCUUUCUUCUUCAGAGGAUAAAACUGUUCGCCUGUGGCAAGUGGGUUGUGAUCAUUGUCUGAAUGUUUUUCACCAUACUAAUUAUGUGACAUGUAUUCAGUUCAAUCCAGUUGAUGAAAACUAUUUCAUCAGUGGCUCAAUCGAUGGAAAAGUUCGAAUUUGGGGAGUGUUAGAGAAGCGAGUAGUUGAUUGGGUUGACGCUCGUGAUGUAACAUCUGCUAUAUGUUACCGGCCAGAUGGAAAAGGCUUCGUAGUUGGCUCUAUUUCAGGCACUUGCCGUUUCUAUGAAGCAUCAGGCAAUGAUCUCCAGCUUAAAUCAGAGAUACAUGUUCAAGGCAGAAAGAAAACCUUAGGCAACAGAAUUACUGGCAUUCAGUAUUCCCAGGAAGGAUCUCAAAGAGUUAUGAUCUCUUCUGAAGAUUCGAAGCUUCGCAUAUUUGAUGGGGUUGAUAUUGUUCACAAAUUUAAAGGUCUAUCAAGGUCAGGAAGUCAGAUGUCGGCUUCGUUUACUUCAAGUGGGAGACAUAUUAUCUCAGUUGGAGAGGACUGUCGAGUUUAUGUCUGGAAUUAUGAUGGAUUGUGCACCCCAUCAUCUAAACACAUAAAAUCUGUGAGAUCUUGUGAGCAUUUCUUCUCUGAAGGUGUCUCUGUUGCAGUACCUUGGUCAGGCAUGAGAGCAGAACCGAAAAGCGUAAAUGGUGGUAACAUUCAGAAUAGGAUGCAAACGGAAGAUGGUGCUUCCCGGAGGAGAGAUUCAGAACGUUUUUCUCUUGGCAAUUGGUUCUUCGUGGAUGGUCCAUGCAGAGGGGGCUCCGCAACAUGGCCUGAGGAGAGACUUCCUUGUUGGGACGUAGCAAUUGCAGAAGAGGAAUGUCAACAUCAGCAUUACGAAGAUUUUCAGCAGCAGCAGCAGCUGAUUAACACUAAUGGCCACGCUGCUUUAUCCGAUGCAUGGGGACUUGUUAUAGUGACAGCAGGGUGUGAUGGAACAAUCAAGACUUUCCACAACUAUGGAUUGUCUGUAAGGCUCUAGCAGAGUAUUAACCCGUCCAGUCAUGCUGGCCUUGCUAAUGAAGGGACUUGAAAAUCUUUUAACAUAUGCUGCAAUGCUAUCCGAUAGUCACCUUAUGAUUUAUCCAGGGUCAUCUACCUUGCAAGCAUGCUAAUCAGCAGCUUAAAGUAACUGGAUCUCUUCUUAAAUCCUGGAGAAUAUGCUGAAAAUCUGUGGUAGGAAUACAGGAUGAGUCUUUUGACAUGCUUUGUAAGUUGGUAUUUUUUGUUUUGACUUCUUUCCAUGUCAUUCGACUUAUGAAGAGUCAUGCUUGAUGUUGAGCCAUGGCACAGCUUUUUCUUUUCAUUUUUUGCCUUCUGUGAAUAAUAUAUUUUACAUAUAUAUGAUGCCACAGAAAAAUACAAUAUUUAUUUUA